AUGGCCGCUCUGAUGACUCUAACUUUUCUUGCUGUGAUCACAGGUGUUUCCACCAGUCAGACUUCAGACUGCUCAUACAACAGUCUCCUGGAUCACCUGAACCUGACUUCAUCAAACACCCUUCUUGAAAUCAUGCGUCCUGUGAAGAACUGGACCAGAACCACCAUCGUCCAGAUGGACAUGCUGGUUUACAGCAUUUUAGGCGUGGAUGAAAAGUUUCAAACCGUCACGUGCCACAUCCAGAUCAACACGUAUUGGACAAAUGAAUUUCUGUCCUGGAAUGCCUCCGAGUUCUGUGGGAUCGACAUGCUGACUCUUCCCAGGUCGAUGCUUUGGAUCCCAUAUAUAGCCAUUGCAGAGGAUACAUCUGACACUGGGAGUAUUCAGGAGGAUCCACUUGUCAGCUUGUACCCGAGCGGUUUGGUUUUUGCAAACUCGCGGUAUCAUCUGACCUACACCUGCCAGCUCAACCUUUUCACAUUCCCAUUUGAUCAGCAACGUUGCAACAUCACGUUUUCAUCUCCGAGCUCCGGAGGUAAAUUCAGUUUGCUUUUUGGGUUCAGAGAGUGA